AUAAUUUCUUCCUCAUCUUGAUUCCAAAAUCAAUAAAUCCCACAACAACAAUAAUUAAUAACACAUAGGAAGGCGACAACAAAGUAGCUUUCUUGCUUCCAUUCCGUAACAUAAUAUCUAUGUCCUGUUGCCUCUGAAACUUCUUGAAAAACAACAAAGCACCUCAAGACAACCACUCCUCUUAAUGUCCAGAGUACAUAUUACCAACCCAUCACAAAAUUUGAGUCCUUUACUUAUUGCUCUUGAAAUAUAUGGUAAGAAGAACAGCUACAACCACUCCUGUUGGAAAACAUCACAAGCCUGUUAAGGUCAUUAGCUCAAGCUUUUCAAGCAUUGGACAUAGAUUCCUCAGCUGCUAUCAAAAGGGUACAAGAAUUCUGAGUUUACUUUGCUGUUGGAAUUUUUGGUGUUUUUGGCAUAGAGAAUCAUAAUGGAUCUUCAUCACCAUCUACACCGCCGCCUGUUGGUUCACCGUGUAAAUUCAACUGAUCCAGGGUCGAAGGAAUCUCUCACCGGUGGCUCAAAUUUUGACACCAACAUGCUGUUUAUCUUGGCAGCUUUGCUUUGUGCACUGAUAUUGGCUCUGGGACUCAACUCCAUUGUGCGCUGUGCUUGUUUGCUUUUGAGAUGUAGCCACAGGCUUGCUUUCGAGACGCCGGAGGAGGCCGCAGCUCGUUUAGCCUCGAAAGGGUUAAAGAAGAGUGCAUUGAAUCAGAUCCCUGUGGUUGUUUAUGGUUCAGGUAGUGCUAGUACUAGUAUUGCAGCCACAGAUUGUGCAAUUUGCCUUGGGGAAUUUGUGGAUGGAGAGAAAGUUAGAGUUCUGCCAGAAUGUAACCAUGGAUUCCAUGUGAAGUGCAUAGAUAAAUGGCUGCUCUCACACUCUUCUUGUCCUAACUGCAGACAGUCAUUGCUUGACCCUCCAUCAAUGUCUGAAGCUGCAACUGUCGCAGUAGCUGUAGUUGCAGAUGCUGGAACCACGCGCCAUGUAGAGAAUUCCUUGGGAGGACAUGAACCUGGGACUUUAGCUAUAGCUGUGGACGAGGUUGGCUAAUUCUACAUUCAGGAUUUUAAAUUGCGGCCGCAGUUGCUGAAUUGCGGACAAAUGCGGGUUGAUGAGGCCGUGAUGCCAAUGUGGGCAGUCAAAAACCCUUGAGGUUGGAAUUCUUAAUGUUUAAAGUGAUAAACUAGAAUGAAGAAAGGGAUGAAAAAAUUGAGACUGGUUGUUUGUAGCCUUGAGGUUGGAAUUCUUAAUUUUUAAAGUCUACUAGUAUUAACUUAUGCAGGAUUGAUGAUAUAUGUUAGCGUAGAAAAGACUGCUGGGCGAUGAUUUCAGAUACCAUCCUGUGUUUGUGCAUGUUUUUCUGACAUAAGAAGUAGUGAUAAAUCUUGAAUGUUUGUUAUCGAUGAAUAGAUUGAAAGGCAAAGUGAUGCACAACUACUUGGAUGUUUUGAUGGCAUUUUGUCAGCAGUAAUUAAAAGAGGAAAAGUAAGUUUUAUUAA